AGAAGUUGGGAGUAGAAAGCAUGGAAAAGCUAAGUGGUGAAGCAAGCGGAAUUCUCCACCCUCCGCCUUUUCUGACACUUCUUGUAAAUAUUACAGUUAAGAAGAGCCUUGUUUUUUUGUUGGUUUAGACUGAACUCGUGGGUAGUCCGUCUGUUCAGGAGCGCCGAUCCGGCAGUUUUCUAAACAACUUUGUGCGCGGUGUUGAGCUCCGAGCAACGGUGGAGCUGUUGCCACUCGCCGCUUGUAGACGGAUCUCUAUCCGGUUUUCGCGCUACUGUCCACACUGCCUGGACCUUGUGUGACUCAACGUCCAAGAUUUGCAAAUACUCCAUAAUCCAUCUUGGUAACUAGAAUUUGGUAAUCCUUGGAAAAUAUCAAAUUGGGCGACAUUACAGAAAUCUAAUUGUUUUAAGGAAAACUGUAGGCUAUAUUUCAUUUUUUUAUAUUCCUCAGCUGUUACUUAUGCACCGACAGUGGAUUUUGAUUGUUAAAAUAUAAAACAGUGUAGAACGACACUGUCCACGAUGAGCAAAGCCACCUGUUCAACAAGUGGGUGUUUGGAUAUUCUGAAUGUUAAAUCAAGUCGUAUCUUGGAUAUCCCGUGUAAAGUGUGUGGGGACCGGAGCUCUGGGAAACACUAUGGCGUGUAUGCGUGUGACGGUUGCUCUGGCUUCUUCAAGAGGAGCAUCCGCAGAAACAGAACAUACGUCUGUAAAUCAGGCUGUCAGGGAGGAUGCCCCGUGGACAAAACGCACAGAAACCAAUGCCGAGCGUGCCGCUUGAAAAAGUGUCUCGAAGUGAACAUGAAUAAAGAUGCCGUUCAGCACGAGAGGGGUCCCAGGACGUCCACCAUACGCAAGCAGGUCGCCCUAUAUUUCCGGGGGCACAAAGAGGUGAACGGUUCAUCGACCCACUUCCCGGGCUCGAGCCUACCGGGGCCGCCUUUGUUCACUACGGUCACACAACUGGAGCCACAUAACUUGGAGAUGAGCACAGUAGCCUGCACGCCGGAGAGGCAGGCCAUCGUGGGACUGGCCCAGCCCACCCCGAAGUACCCUCACGAGGUCGGCGGCACGCCCAUGUAUCUCUAUGAGGUUGCUACUGAGUCGGUGUGUGAGUCAGCCGCGCGCCUGCUGUUCAUGAGCAUCAAGUGGGCCAAGAGCGUGCCCGCCUUCUCCACGCUCCCCUUACCUGACCAGCUGAUCCUCCUGGAGGAAGCCUGGAGAGAACUGUUUGUUCUGGGCAUAGCGCAGUGGGCCAUUCCGGUGGACUCCAACACCCUGCUCGCUGUUUCCGGUAUGAAUACAGACAACACAGAGUCCCAGCGGAUGAAUAAAAUAAUCUCCGAAAUACAAACCCUGCAAGAGGUCGUUACCUGGUUCAGACAGCUGCGCCUGGACGCAACUGAGUUCGCCUGUUUGAAGUGCAUCGUCACGUUUAAAGCUGUGCCAACGCAUGACGGGUCAGAGUUGAGGAGUUUCCGCAACGCCAGUGCCAUUGCUGCACUCCAGGAUGAGGCACAGCUCACCCUAAACAGUUACAUACACACCAGAUAUCCAACUCAGCCCUGCCGCUUUGGGAAGCUGCUCCUACUUCUACCAGCUCUGCGGUCAGUCAGCCCAUCCACCAUAGAAGAAGUAUUUUUCAAGAAGACCAUCGGGAACGUGCCCAUCACAAGGCUCCUCUCUGACAUGUACAAAUCAAGCGAUAUAUGAGUUUAUUUCCGCCAUAUCAACAUUACGGUCACUAGCCAAGAGUGUCUGUUAAGGCUCAUAGACACAAACAUUCUAAUGAGCACGUGACAAAUUGAACUUGAAGAACAUAAAAACCUUGAUUUGACCAAUCUUUGGGUUAGGCUUACGUUUUGAGGAUGUAUACUGAACAGAAAUAUAAACAGAACAUGUAAAGCAUUGGUCCCAUGUUUCAUGAGCUGAAAUAAAAGACCCCAGAUUUUUUCCUUA